CAAUAAGUGAAACCACCCAUUCACAAAGCCAAAUCCAACACGUUUCUUCAUCUCCUUCCUUUGUAUCUCACAUAUAUAUCAUACUACUGUUGCUUCCUCCUUUCACAAAACUAAAGCACUUUUAAAUAUUUUGAUUCCACUUAUGGAUAUCAAGGUUAAGAAAAAUGAGUCUGCAAACCUCAAUGAAUUAAGAAAGGGUCCAUGGACGUUAGAAGAGGACACCAUUCUUGUUAAUUACAUUACAUCCCAUGGUGAAGGUCACUGGAACACUGUUGCAUCUUCUGCAGGCCUGAAGAGAAGUGGGAAAAGUUGCAGAUUAAGGUGGCUAAACUACUUGCGUCCCGAUGUGCGCCGUGGAAAUAUCACACUUCAAGAACAAAUUCUUAUUCUUGAACUCCACUCUCGCUGGGGCAAUAGGUGGUCGAAAAUUGCACAGCAUCUUCCGGGAAGAACGGACAACGAAAUAAAGAACUAUUGGAGAACGAGAGUGAUCAAGCAAGCUAAGCAGCUCAAGUGUGAUGUCAAUAGUAAACAGUUCAGAGAUGUCUUGCGUUACGUGUGGAUGCCCCGUCUGCUUGAACAGGUUCAAACCGGACCCGGUUAUUGCGAGCCGAAAAGACCCGAAUUCGUUCAUCACCACCAGAACACAUCGCACAGUUCAGUUUCAGGAACAGAAUGGCCAAAAACAAACAACUCCUCAGAAACUUCAUCAAUGGAAUUCCAAGCUCCUUCGAUUUCGGAUCAUGAUGUUUCAAAAGUGUUGCCGAGUUUCCAUAACCAGGUUCCUGAACAAGGGAAUAGUAGUAGUGGUGGUGGUGGUGGUGAUGAUGACUGUGAUGACUCGUUGGAGACUUUUUUGAACGACGAGAGCAUGUGGUUUUUGGAACAACUUUCUGAAGAUUUUGAAAUAAAAUACAAUUUACUUGCGUGACGCUAUGUAGAAUUAGUUUGUGUUAUAGUAGUGUGAAAACGUUGAAGGAAUUGGUAUAGAUCAAUAGGUAUAUUGUCGCAUUAGGGGAUGAAUUUGAAAUUUUCCUAGACGUGUUUCUACAAAUACAUUAAAAUUGAACGCACUAAUGUGUGUUUUUCCUUGUGCAAUAAUGGUAAGUUGAUUUUUUAGUAGUUUUGUUUGUAUUUUUUUCUUUACUUUGACAUUAGUUAAUUGUAGUGCUCUUUUACGUGUGA